CUCGUCAUCUGUCUCUCUCUGUCUCUCUCUUUCUUCGCCUGUUGCAGUGCAGUCGUCCUCGUAAAGCUCUUCAUCACUGAGCAGUGAGCAGAGCAUUACCUGCCAUUUCCUUUUCAGCUCCAUAUUCCAAUUUCCAUCACCUCUCUCCUCUCUCUCUCUCUCUCUCUCUCUCUCUCUCUCCCCCGAACCCCAACACCCCCACUCAUCCUCUCAGAGUGAAACCCUUGUCUCACUCUCUCCCCUCCGCUCACGCGCUCCCCCAUGCCGGCGAUCACAAUGCACGCCAAGUCUGACUCCGAGGUCACCUGCAGCGUCGACGGCGCCGCCUCCUCUCCACCACGCUCCCCCCGCCGCCCCCUCUACUACGUCCAGAGCCCCUCCAACCACGACUACGGCGCCCCCGACAAGAUGUCCUUCGGCUCCAGCCCCCCCGGUUCCCCCCACCACCACCACCACAACCCCUCCUCUGCCGCCGCCCACUACUAUCACUGCUCCCCCAUCCACCACUCCCGCGAGUCCUCCACCUCCCGCUUCUCCGCCUCCCUCCGCAACCCCAGUCGCCAGCACCUCUCCUCCUCCGCCGCAGCCUGGAGGAAGCUGCAGAGGGGCCACUGCCCCGAGAGCGGCGACGAUGAGGAAGACGGGGACGGCCCCGAUGAGGGCCCCUGGCACAGGGUGAGGCUCUACGUGGGCUUCGUCGUCCUCUUCAUUUUGGUCUUCACGGUCUUCUCUCUCAUCCUCUGGGGCGCCAGCAAGAGCUACCUCCCCGAGAUCAUCGUCAAGAAUGUCGUGUUCGAGAACUUCAACGUACAGGCGGGGAACGAUCAGUCGGGGGUGCCAACGGACAUGCUGACGUUGAACUCGACCGUCCGGGUCUUUUACCGGAACCCCGCCACAUUCUUCGGCGUCCACGUCACCUCUACGCCCCUCGAGCUCCACUAUUUCCAGCUCCAACUCGCCUCCGGCCAAAUGAAGAAAUUCUACCAAUCGAGGAAGAGCCAAAGGGCAGUCAUCACAGUGGUGGCGGGGCAUCAGGUGCCCCUGUAUGGUGGGGUCUCGGUUCUUACUAGCGCCAGAGAGCAUCUUGAGAAGGUAGCUGUCCCAUUGAACCUGACAUUCGUGAUGAGAUCAAGGGCGCACAUCUUGGGGAGACUGGUGAAGUCCAAAUUCUAUCGGAGGAUCAGGUGUUCUGUCACCUUACGAGGCAACAAGCUUGGGAAGCCCCUUAAUUUGACCAAUUUGUGCACUUAUCACUGAUUGCAUAGAAUCACGCAUUGGAUUACUUCAAAGUUUAAAGGGCACUCCGGUUCAGGUUCGGGUUCUGGGCUAUUGUCCCCUUCGGGUUUCUUCUCGUACCGGGGGAGCUUCUCUUUUAUCUUCUCGAGGAAUCCUUUCUUCUCCUCAGUAUCAUCGAUGCCAUUGUGCCCAGUACUUACUUUGCCUUCACCAUCACAUGCUUCUCCCGCAGCCGCCUUCUUUGAUUUCUUCUUUUCCUUACGCUCUGUCCCCCCUUCUUCAUCGCUUGACUGCGAUCCAUUAAGGAGGUGGUAGUUAGAAAAAUCGUGAAUUGACUUCAUGGGUUUGGCUGUAUUUGUUUAAUGGUAAUAGUUCUUACCAAGCUAGAGUUGUUGA